GUCAGUGAUCCCAAUGUUAUUAAUAGGGAAUAUAUAUACAGUAUAUGAUGGCCGGUAUUUUUUUCUGUAAAACGUUAUCAACCCUAGUUCCAUUAUAGCUCAACCCCCAGGCUUUCUGCAAGAGGAAAGGUUGGCAAAUAAAAUGGCCACCCACUAACUGUCAUAUUAGUUAAGUACUGGUUGUGCAACAUCUGCCAGUUGCUACAUGUUAUACUAAUGGCUAUGGGUUUGUACAGUGUAGUGGAACAGACACAACCACAGCACAUUACUCCAACAUGGAUGGGAGUUGAUUACACACUGAAUCUUUACAGGGAGCUGCUUGUUGUAGUUCAGUUACAGCAGCCUGACUGAGGAGUGAACGUGGCACAAAGUUGACGGACAAUGACAGAGAAUGGGGAUGUGUGGGAUUGGUCUCAUUCGGGUGGCGGGGGCUAGAACUGGGGCGCAACCACUUUACAUCCACUGACAAAGACUUCUGUCACAUUUAAACGUGGAUCCAAGUAUAACAACAUGGCGGCUGUCUUCCACACGAAAAAAAAACCCCCAGCAGCCUGCGCGUUUGUUGUUACGGUAACCAGCGCACACUUCCGGGUUGUUUCUAGGGCAACCAAGGAACGCUCGCGUCUGAGCAGCAGCUAGAAGCCGCAAAGGUGGGAACAUUACUCGGAUUUCUCCUCUCAGGAAAUGUCAGAUAUUGAGGAUGAAAUGCUGGAUGAUGCACAGGAGGAGGAGGAAGAUGAUGAUGAAGGGCCUGCAGAAGAGACCAACCACAAUGUAACUGAAGGGGAUGAGGAAGAAGAAAAAGAAGAAGAGGAGGCAGAGGAAGCUGAAAAAGAAGAGCCUCCACCUCAUGUUCCAAUAUCAGAGGAGAUGCUGAGAGAUGGACUCUCCCUGCUCUGUAAGACUGGGAAUGGCUUAGCUCAUGCCUAUGUUAAACUGGAAGUAAAAGACAGAGAACUUACAGACAUCUCAGUUCUGCAAUCCUUCAUACACCUGCGGUAUGUGGACAUGUCCCAGAAUUCCCUGCAGGACUUGUCUCCCUUGGGAGCUCUCACUCAUCUCCUGAGUUUGCGCGCUGAUCACAAUCAGUUGGUCGGUCUGAGUGGCCUGGGUGAGCUCCCCUACCUGCAAGUAGCCAGCUUUGCACAGAACCGGAUAAAGUCAAUGCAAGGGUUUGGACAUCCACGACUUGAAACCCUUAACUUGAUAGGAAAUGAAUUGAGGGAUCUGGAGGGCUUAGAGUGUAGCAAACUAACAAGCCUUCAUACGUUGGAGCUACGCAGUAACCAAUUGCUCAGCACUGCUGGACUGAACCUUGCCAGCCUGCGGGAGCUCUACCUGGGACAAAAUAAUAUAAGCCGUUUGGAGGGUCUGAAAUCUCUUGUAAAUCUCACCACCCUCCAUCUAAGAGACAACCAGCUGGAGACCUUGGAUGGCUUCUCAGAACAUCUGCAGGCCCUCCAGUAUUUAAAUCUCAGGUCCAACAUGGUGGCCAAGCUGCAGGAGGUCCAGAAACUUCAUUGUUUGCCCAGAUUAAGGGCACUUGUUUUGCGGGAGAAUCCUUGUGAAGAGGAGGAGGGCUAUCGCAUGGAAACUCUAAUUGCUCUACCCCAGCUAGAGCGCCUCGAUAAAGAUUUCUUUGAGGAGGAAGAGAAAAGGGAGGCUGCAGAGACAAAGAAAGCAAGAGCAGAGAUGGAGAUGCCGGAGCCUGGAGAGAAGGAAGAGUUUUUGGAGUGACUGUCCAUAGAACCAUGCUGCACAGGACUGCUAUUUCUGCUGGGACUGCCUGGUUGAUUGGAAAUUCUAAUUUAUUUUUUUCCUAUGGUCAAAACUGUCAAAUUUGACUAGGGAAUUAUCCAAACUCGUUUCAAGUUUUUUUUCAAAAUUCAACUUCGAUUUUCAAGAUUUAUCAUACUCUGGCCCUUUAAGAAUUCAAAUCGACUAUUCGCCACCUAAAACCUGCCGAAUUCAUGUAUAAGUCAAUGGGAGAGAUGCAGUGAUCAAUUUGGAGAUGUUUGGAGCCUCCCUGACAUUCAAGUUUUUUCGCAAAAAAAAACAGAGUUUGGUUGAAUUGGUUUGAAUCAAAUUCAAUUGGAGUUUUCAGGUCGUUAAAAUUCGUCCGACUUUGAAAUAUUCGAUUUUUCAAAUACAUUUCCCCCCAUCGAAUCUAGUAAAAUCGAAUUCAUGUGAGUUAAAAAAAAAACUCACAUGAAUUCGAAAUUUGAUAAAUGUGCCUCUAGGUGUAUUUUGCGACCCCGUGGGCACCUACAUACGGGGGUUCUUUGUCAUUCCCCUUCACUUGAAUAUGCUUUUCUGUUCAUUUUUCACUGACUCACUUAAUUAUAUGGCUGGCAAUUAAGCCCACUAUGAAACAGAUCUGGAUAUUUAUGUUAUAAUCAUACAAAAAUUUACAAGCAGUGUAAUUAGAAGAGUUCCGUAC